AAAAAAAAGAAAAAAAAGAAAAAAAGAAAAAGAAAAAAACCCGCCAUAGCUUCCUGAAGCCGCUUCUUCGUAAUUGGAUGAAACAGAGAACGGAAAGGUUUCGUAUUAACAGCAGUAGUAACGCUUGAUUCGAUUGAAAUAUAUACUACUCACGAAUGGAUGCCAGACUCUAAACCAACGGUUUAUUUCCAGUGUAAAGGAGAGAAGAAGACGAUUUUGCCUGAUGUCAAGCGCGCAGAUUACAUGUAUUCUUUCAAGAAUGAAGAAUCUUGGCAGCCGCUAACAGAUUUUUCGGGCCAGAAAUGCAAGCGAUGUGGGUUUUAUGAGGAGGAUAUGAUUAAGUCAGAUGAUGUAUUUGAUGAGUGGGAGUUUUGUCCUUCUGAUUUUAAAGCUACUAAGGGGAAAUAUGUUCGAGAGAAGAAAAAGGAAUUUAAGGCUACUUUCCUGUGUCCGGAGUGCAAGUCUGAAGCAAGCUCCUCUAGCACACCACGUGGAGCAGAGGGGUGGAAUGUCGGUGUAAUAAUACUUAUCACAGUACUUGCUUCAACUGUACUGAUAGUCGGAGGGGUGGCAGCAUAUAGGUACUGGCAAAAGAAGAGGAGAGAAAAAGAACAAGCUCGGUUUUUGAAGCUGUUUGAAGAUGGGGAUGACAUUGAGGAUGAAUUGGGCCUUGGUAUGUAAUAUGAUAAAUUACAAUAACUUGAAUAUCUCCUGUACAGUGAGUUGAUCUUACAUAAAUUUUGCUAGUGUGAGUAAAAAAUCAAAAAAGUUAUUCUACUUUGUGUUAAUUUUGCACAAUGCAUGUAUGUAACCAUAUGUUCUAAGGUAGUGAAUGAUUUGCUCAGGCUGAUACACAUUUAUAUGCUAUCACUG